AUGGCGGAAGUCCACGAAGUCGCCCCUGAUGGCGAUGUCCGGCUCAUCUUUGGCAGCGAAGAGAAAGGAAACUGCACUCAUAUACUCGUCUCUUCUGUUUUCCUCAGCUUUGGAUCCCCUGUGUUCAAAGCGAUGCUCGGGCCACAUUUCAAAGAAGGUGCUACAUUGGCUUCUGGCACUCGACUCGACUUACCCCUUCCAGAAGAUUGUCCUGGAGCAAUGCUGGCUAUCUGUGAAGUCAUGCACAUGAAGACGUCCACGUGUUCCAUCCCCAGUGUCGACUCCUUGCUACAGGUGGCCCUAUUGGUGGACAAGUACGACUGCCGCGCGGCCAUGUCCUAUGCCAUGAAAGAUUGGAUGCGGCUUGCUAAAUCCAAAUGCCUUGACCGCAACAUCCUGAAUUUGUUCAUCAUCGCGUACCUCAUGGAGUUCUCCAAAAGCUUCACCAAAUACGGAUGCGCUCUUGUCGCCAACACCGAACCUGAGUUCAAAUUGACGCCACCAGACUACAUCCCUGAGACAUUGCAACGCACUAUUGGCAAAAAUACUCAGCGAGUCGCGCCAGCAAUUGAGGAAAGAACUGAUUUCGAAAUUCGAGGAAGUGAUCGACGAGGAGUGCGCCGGAAGUGAAGAUCUCAUCGGUGCUUGUGAUGAGGGCUGCGCCUACUUUUCAACUCGACUUCGUAACUUCAUGGCGAGGCUGAAAAAGACACCAUUGUGGCCACUGACACGGUCCAUGGACCAGUCGUUGCAGAACAUACUCGCGGCACUUCUGAAGUUUCCAAGCGAAUGGGCAGAGGCGGUAGAUACUUGCGACGGUACCACAUUCUGCCGGGGAACAUACAAGCGAACAGACAGGUGUAUCGCAUCCGAAGUGAGAAUUUUCUGUCGCUCCAAGCAACUUGAGUUGCCGCAGCCUUGUCUGGUCUGCGCCAAAGAGGGUAACCUGGAGCCCAGAGGUGCUUGCAGAAAGGGACACUGAAUACAA